AUGUUCAGCACUUCUAAAAACUUUUUGCAAAUUAUUUUACCUAUUGCUAUUUCAGGACCCCCAGGACAUACUGGAUACCCUGAGCUCCAGGCUGGCUACCCAGACCCACCAGCUGACUAUUUACAUGCUGGCCCAGUUGGCUUCCCUGUUCAGAACCAGCCAAUAUAUACUCAGCCAGGUGGACCUGCAGUGGUACCGUGGAUGCCAGCACCACGACCUCCAUUAAACUGUCCACCCGGAUUGGAAUAUUUAAGUCAGCUAGAUCUGAUACUGAUUCAUCAGAAAAUUGAACUUGCAGAAGUCCUACUCGGUUUUGAAAGCAAUAACAUGUAUGAAAUCAAGAACAGGUUUGGACAGAGGAUUUACAUUGCAGCAGAAGAUACUAAUUUUUGCAACCGAAAUUGCUGUGGGCCAUCUAGAUCUUUUACCUUGAAUGUUUCUGAUAAUAUGGGUCGAGAAGUCAUAACUCUGGAGAGACCACUAAGAUGUUCCAGCUGUUGUUGUCCCUGCUGCCUUCAGGAGCUAGAAAUCCAAGUUCCUCCUGGUGUACCAGUAGGUUAUGUUACUCAGAUCUGGCAUCCAUAUCUGCCAAAGUUUACAAUUCAAAAUGAGAAAAGAGAGGAUUUACUAAAAAUUACUGGUCCAUGUGUUGUGUGCACCUGUACUGCAGAUAUUGAUUUUAAGUUUCCUAGAGACCUUGAUAUUAAAAUGAAAGCAGUGAUGCUUGGUGCUUGUUUUCUUAUUGUAAGUCUAUUCUUGCUAACCUUGGUCAUAGAUGAUUUCUCUAAUAUCAUUCUGAAAUAUCAGUAA